AUGCCUGUAAGUAUAUUAUAUACAUGAAAAAAUACAUAUCUCAUUCGCUUAGUGUUUUAAAUUGUGUUCAAAAAUAUAUUUUCAAAUAACUCGGUUUUACUUUAAAAAAAAAAUAUUAAGUUUUAUUUUAUUUAAAUACUAAAAAAUAACCAAUUUGGUAAUUAUGAGAUGAUAUUGUUAGAAAAAUGUAUGAAUUAAGAAAUACUACAGUAUUAUUUAUUAUAUACAAAAAUAGUAUAAAUUGUUAGGUAUAAUUAUGAGUAUUAAAUAAAGAUUUUUGGAUUAAUGAAUUCUUUUAUUUGGAUUGACUUAUAAAACAUUUAAAAGUGUUAUGCAUAAAAUUAAUGGUUCCAUACUGCUCUCUCCAUACUAUUAUAAUCAUCUAUUAUAGUCAUCUAACUGACUUAAUUGACUGUAUGUUUCCAACCACUCGAUCUAUUCAACCACUGUUCUCUCAAAGAGUUCAAAUUAAACACCUUUUUUCAUAAAAUAUCAUUUACAUGCAUUGUAUAUAUUUAAUUUUACAAAUUAUUUAAAUACUUAAAUGUAAAAAAAAAAAAAAAAAAAAAUGAAAUAGAAUUAUCAAUUAAUAAAUUUAAUUCCAGUGGUAUUUUUAUGAAAAAAUAUUAAUAGCAAUUAUUUAUAUAGUUAGCUAAAAGUUUACUUCAUCCAUCUGCAAUUGAAGAUUUGCGAACUCAUAAAUUGAAGCGUCUUGUUCCGCGUCCCAAUUCAUAUUUUAUGGAUAUCAAGUGUCCAGGUAACUAAUAUAAUUAAUUUGUUUUUAAUUUUGCAUUUAUAUGAAACAUAUUACUCUAAAUUUCAGGAUGCUAUAAGAUAACAACUGUGUUUAGUCAUGUACAAGAUAAAGUAAGAUGUGGUGGUUGUCAAAUAGUAUUGUGCAGACCAACUGGUGGCAAAGGAAAAUUGUCAGAUGGUAGAUAUAUUAGAAAUUAUAUAACAUUUUAAACUUGUGUACAAUCAAUAAUAUGAUAAAAUACUCGUGACCAACAGAGUAAAAUUUCUUUUCAUCUAUUUUAUUUUAUACAAUGCACAAAAUAAAUAAUAAAACAGUUCUAUACAUUUAAUAUGUAGACAAAUUGUUUUAAGGUCCCCAUAUAUGAUCAAACAAUUUGCGCAACUACUAGGCACAAACAUUUUAAUGAUGUAUAGAAUGGAUUGAAUAGUUGUGCAACAGUUUAAAAUCAAGCUUAUGGUUCUUGGUUAAGACUGAAAUAUUUUGCCCAAGAAACUUUUAUGUCUGACAUUUUGUCUACGGAACAUACAAAAAUGUACCGAGGUUUACACAAGUCAUUUGUACGAAUGUAGGAAAAAAAGCCAAUUUAUUUAUUAUAUUACAAUUAGUUGCAUUAAGUAUUAUUAAUUCUACAGCAAUAGCAUUUUAUACUUCUAUAAUAGUAAUGAAUAUAUUAUUAUUAUUGUUUUCUGAUGCCUUAUAUAGAACAAUUUUUUAAUAUUGAUUGUAUAAUGUAUAUUUUUUAUUUUUAUUUUUAUUUUUAUUAAAAACUUUAUUCAACUUAUUUUUAACUUUAAUAACUUUUCUAAUAAAAAAUUAAUGAUUGGUCAAAAAAAAAAAAUUAAUAGUACAAAGUAUACACAUUGUUUUUUUCUGUAGCUUUAUUCGUGACUUUUUUUCCUUGGCUUUAUUUUCUAAUUACCCUUUUGAACAUGUAUUUACUGAAGUUAGCACAAACAGUGGUUGCGCAAAUUGUUUGAUUGUGUAUGGGACCUUUAGUGGAAUAAUGUAAAAAAAAUUACUGUUCACUGUUGUAGAUGAAUUACCCACCUACAAUAGUGGAAAGAAAUGAUAUACAACAUAAUUUAGUCUUGCAAAUUCUAAGUGGAAUAUUAGUUAUGAUUUUUCUUUUGUUAUAAAGGAAACCCAGAAAUCAAUAUAAAUAAACUACUAUCUAGCAAAAGAAAUUGCAUCUUUUAAGUUACAACAUGAACAAUAAAAGUGUUUUCCAAGUAAAAGAAAACACAUAUCUCAAUGAAUAUGUAAUACUAUAUUUACUCUCACAGUCAAAUUAAUAGGGAAUAUAGUAAAAAUCAGACUGAGUAGAACUCAAAUAAUUUUAACUUAAAAGUAAAAACACUUAUUAUAAAACUAAAAUAGGACAAUAUUCUAAAGAGCACUUCACCGCGUGUUUUUGACUUUGUUCCUAGUAUAAUAUUUAGUAUGUCAUUCAGAAAAAACCAAAAAUCUCAAUAUUUUAACAAAUUAAUUUUUGUCUUUUCAGAAAACAUUUUUUUGGUUAUUAAAAAUCUAUUACCUAUUUGUAUUUAUACAUAUUGUACAGGAUGUCCCACGAAGCAACCCAUUGCAAUAUCUCUUGAGGUAAUAAAGAUAUUUAUAUUCUGAUUUUUUUUUUUUAUAAAUUACUCAAAGAGAUAAGAACAACGAAUAUUUAUAUUUGAAUUAAAUUUGUAUGUUUUAAAUGUAGAGUAAAAAACUAAAAAUAUAACUCUGUUUUAUAAUUUUUAAAAAAAGUUUAGAUACAUAAAUAUAGCCAUUUUAUAGUAUUUAUUCUUCUAAAAAUUUUAAUGUUCAACUUCUUUUUUAUCAUUAAAUUCGCCAUUUUUAUAAUUUUAAGUUCAUAGAAAAGUACCUAUAAUUACGCAGCAGGCAGUCAGUAAUCACGUUCACUAAUUGAUUAUUAUUAUUAUGACUAAUUGACAGCAUAAUUUUUUCUCUGAAUAUUAAAUUUAAUGAAAAUAAAAAGUUAAUAUAUAACAUUUUCAAAAGAAUAAACUAUAAAAUUAAUUUUCAUACAUUUUUUACUCAAACAAAAAAUCAAUUGAAAUGUAAAUAUAUGUAGUCCUUAACUCCGUAAGUGAUAUAAAAAAAAAAAAUCAGAAUUUGAUUAUCUUUAUUAAUCUGAGAUAUUACAAUUAUAUUAUUAUAUCUGUGGGACAUUCUGGAUAAUAUGUUUUUUAUACAAAGGGAUUCUUUUGUUGUUGAACACUCAUUAUUUUCCAAAGUAUUUACUUUUGUCUAAAAAAAAUUAACUGACAAUUUAAGAAACAAACAGCUUUAAAAUGUUACAAAAUUAAUAGAGAAUUAGCUUAAAUAAAUUUUGGUCUUGAAAUUUUUGAUUUCCAUUAAUCCAUUCACACAAUAUUUCAAUUUUAAGUUUGAGUAUCAUAUCUAUGGCAGCACGAGGCAUGGUAUUUGAAUAGUACUACACUAAAAGUUAUUUUAACUAGUACCCCCCUUUAUUCAUGGUCUUUUUAAUAUAACUUACUUUUUUAAAAUCAUAAGUAAGAAGUCGAUUCACUUUCAUAAAUAAGGAUGACAAAAAAUGAUUGAAAUUUAACAUUUUAAAUCUGCUUGUUUCUUAAAUUGCUUAAAAAAAUUUGUUUGAAAAAAGUCAAUACUAUGCUAUACUAAUGUUCAACAAUAAAACAAUCACUGUGUGUUAUACCUAAUUAUGAAAACUAAGUAAAAUAUCUAUAUGACUGUAUAUAUUUUUGUUUAUUAAUGUAAUUUUUAAAAUAGACAUUACAUUGAUAUAUUUUUGAAAUUUGCUCAGUUAUUACAUAAUUGAUGUAAUUCAAUUGUAUUAUUAUUUAUGACAGUUAUAACUUAUUUUUAAAUAUUAUUUGAACGUUGAUAUUUAACAUAUUUUUAUUUUGAUUUACAGGAUGUUCAUACCGUAAAAAAUAGUAAGGCAUUAUUUAUUAUUCAUUUAAGAUUGUAAUGUUUAAAACUAUUGAUUUUCCAAUAAAUACCAUUUUGUCUAUAUGCUGCAUUUUUUCUUUUAAUUAUCUUAUUUUGAUUUAUUAAUUAUAUAAAAUAUGAACUAGAUUUACUUACAAAUUUAAAUAAUUAAUAGUAGAAUAAAUGAGUUUUAUAUGUUAAUAUUAUAUAUUUAUUAUAAAUUGUAUAUUUACAAUGUAUUUAAAAUAAAUUGAAUGUUUAUAGUUUAUUACAAAUAAGUUUAAAUUUACUCAUAGAAUAAUAUAGUUUUAUAGUAUUAAUAUUAUUAUUAAUUAUAAUUUUCAGGAGCUUUGUUUUGA